CAAGACGUGCAGUCGCCAUUUCAUCUGCAUUUUUUAUAGGCACUAGGUCAAUAGCGUGCGAGCGAAUUCGAAUAGUGAAACAGACAAGUGUUCAGUGUUUUCUCGAAAUCGGUUCAGCCUGCUCGAAAAUGUUCAAAAUUAACGCGGAUAACAAGUUGGCCAAAGAUGAAAUCGAAAAUUUGGAUAGGAGAUUGUCUGCUAUGUGCACCAAGUUGGGCUUUUACUGCACCCAAGUCAACGGUCAGAGGGUCUGCACUUCGGUCAGGUACACCCAGAAACCGAAUGUAAAAGGUACGGAAAUUUUUAUUGGUAAAAUCCCGAGGAAAAUCUUCGAAGACGAAUUGAUCCCCUUGUUUUUGAGGGCCGGCGAACUGUAUCAGUUCCGUCUGAUGCUGGAUUUCACCUUAAAAAAUCGUGGUUUCGCGUUUGCUACAUAUACAACGGUUGAAGGGGCCGAGAGGGCUAUAGCCCUUUUCGAUAAUUUCGAGAUAACGCGAAAGACGAGGAUCGGGGUCUUCAAAUCGGUGGAUAAUUGUCGAUUGUUCUUCGGGAACAUUCCACAGGAAUAUAACAAAGCGGAUAUUGCCAGGAUUCUGAAAGACAAUUUGAUUGAUGGGGUUUCCGAUAUAAUCAUGUACAAAGAUUUGCUCAGACCCCAGUUGAAUAGGGGUUACGUGUUCGUUGAAUUUGCUUCACACAGAGAUGCUGCAAUGGCGAAGAAACAGCUGUAUCCAGGCUGUUUGAUCGUUGAAGGCCAGUCUGUUUUUGUGGAUUGGGCUGAUCCAAUUCCAGACGUGGAUAGUAAAAUUAUGGCUAAGGUUACUAAACUCUUCAUACAUCAUCUGCCUGUUGAUUUGAGCAAGGAGGAACUGUCUAAUGCUAUUGGUCAGUGUGUCGAUAUGAAAACCAUACUUAAGAUACACAAGCAGCUCAACUAUGCUUUCGUGCAUUUUUUCUCUCGUGAAGCAGCUGAGCGAGCUAAGGAGACGUUGAGAGAUCUUCCCUUUCCAGAUGUAGUUAUCGAAUGGGCACGUCCCAGACAAUUCAGUAAACAACAACGUUUGGAAUCUCCACCCACACAUUUUUGUCUCUCAUUGCCACCCAAGAUGCGUCGACAUUACCAACAGUACAUCAAUUCUCUAAUUUCGGAAACAUCUUCCAACGAUAGCCAAAAGUCGUCGUCGAAUAAUUCAACAACGCGCAGUCUGAAGAAUGGAUUGGAUUCUUCUCCUAAGGAGAUUAUGCCGACCAGUACCGAGAAUAUGAAUGCCAUUUUGAAGACGUCAAUGAUGCAGAAAAAUCAAACAUCCGAAAAUCACCAAUUCCUGUCGGAAAAUGAACUCAUCAGGAGAUUUGAAAACUUGCGCAUGCAACCUUCUUCAAUGAACAUCCAGAGAUUCAACGGUUUAUCCAGAGCGCCAACUCCUUUGGGGAUGUCCACAUCCCAGACAAACAUUCACAUGGAAGAGUCACCUCAUCGUAAUCCUCUGAUUGGCCUUCCCAUAACUCUGAUACCGACCAGGCAAAGAAACACCCCUUCACCGAUGGUGAUUUCGGAGAGACCCAAGUAUAAUGAUGUAAUGUAUCCGAAUUCAGCGUGCAGAAACGCUUUUUACCACCAGCCUUUCUGUCAGAAUAAUAUGUUCACUUCGAGGGAGGUUGUACGUAAAUGA